AUGUUCUCGUUUCUCCAAUAUAGACCGAUGGAGGUCGGAUCAAAAAAACCAGUGGGACGUUUCCGUCAAGUUGUGGAAGUGCCUAGCGCCAAACGCCGCGAUCCAAGAUUCGAUAGUUUGAGCGGAAAACUGGACACGGAUCUGUUCGAAAAGUCAUAUUCAUUCUUGAAGGACUAUCAGGCGGAUGAAAUGAAAAAAUUGCGUGAGCUGAUCAAGAAGGAACGGGAUCUCGACAUGAAGGAAAAGCUACAGAAGCAAUUGAGCCGCAUGGUCGAUCGUCAAGCAACCGAGGAUGCACAGAAGAGGAGACAGGAGAUCAAGCGGGAACACAAGCGCAAGGAGAAGGAGCUGAUCGCCAAGGGCAAGAACCCUUUCUUCUUGAAGAAGUCGGACCAAAAGAAGCUGGAGCUGAUCGACAAGUUCCAGCACCUCAAGGAGAACCCCAAGGCACUGGCUCGAGCUAUGGAGAAGAGGAGAAAGAGGAAUUCGGCCAAGGAGAAGACGAAGAUCUUGGGAGCAAAGCGUCGAAGGAUCGACUGA